UAUUUUCUAUAGAAGUGAACUCUCUUGUUCUUUUUAAUUGACUAAUAACCGACUUACAGAAACCGGAACUAAUUAUUUAAUUGAGAUAUCCAAACAUUGGAAGAAAUGGAAAAAGGAAGCACAAUUAAACAUUUAUUGGAAUUGUCCGUCGCGGAAAAGCGCGCAUUUCUCGAUUCAUUCGACAUGAUCAUGUCCGAUUGCGAUGGUGUCGUUUGGAAUUUUACCGGUCCUAUUCCCGGAGUCGACCAUGCUCUGCAGACGCUGAAGGACAAUGGGAAGAGGUUGGCAUUCAUCUCAAACAAUGGAAUGCGCACAAUGGCGGAAUAUAAAGAAAAGUUUCGCAAACUGGGUGUCGAGCCGGAGGAGCAUGACAUCGUACACCCAGCAUUAACAACGGUCAAAUACCUGAAAUCGAUCAACAUGCAGGACGCGGUGUACUGUAUAGCCACCGAGGUAUUCAAGGACUAUUUGCGAAAUGCAGGAUUUACUGUUGUUGAUGGGCCUAAUGAUCACAUCGCCGAUGAGCGGGUUCCAAACGGCGUGCGUAUCUUUUCCGAGUACUUUUCGGAAUGCGACGGACCAAAGGUAGGAGCUGUCGUGGUGGACAUUGAUGUGAACGUUUCCCUAGCGCACAUGAUGAAGGCCAAGUGCUAUCUGCAGCAGAAUCGGAACUGUUUGCUAAUCGCCGGUGCCACAGACUACAUCAUUCCGCUGGAUUCCAGCAUGGACGUGAUAGGGCCUGGUUAUUUCAUCGAAAUUCUGGAACGUUCCUGUGGCCAAAAGGCACUAAUUCUCGGCAAACCAGGUCAAGCUUUGUCCGAGUUUAUACUUGAGCAGUUUCAUGUGACGCAGCCGCAAAGGACGCUGUUCAUCGGUGACAUGUUGCCACAAGAUAUGGGUUUCGGCACGCGUUGCGGCUUCCAGAAGGUGCUGAUGCUAAGCGGCGGCACUACGAAAGAGAUGAUGCUGGCACACACUAAACCGGAGGAAUUGCCGAAUUACUAUGCGAAUAGUUUCGCCGAUUUUAUCCAGCUGUACAAAGACGUAGCUAAUCAUCAGUAGGUUUUGAUUUUGGCUUGAUGCUCCCGAUGAAUGCGCAACCUGCUGAGAGAAUUGGAAAAAGGAUGUGAUAUUGAAAAUAAGUGUUUUUAAUAACUGUCUAGAUUUGUAGCUUGAUGUUACGAAGAUCAUCAGACAAACAUUGUAUUCGUCUAGAGGGCGUAGAAAAUUUUAUCAAAUGCAACUAAUUGUAAUUAGAUGUGAUAGGCUUAAGAAUCUAUAAAUACAUGACCUGCGAAAUAAGUA